AAGAGGAGCUCCGGGUGAUUUCAUUUCAUGUUCACAUCCAGGAACAGUCCAACUGUUAUUUCAAUGUGGCUGUGAAGGAUUCCUUACAAAUCUUUGUGUCUGAGUGCAGGAGAAGAGCAGCAGCUGCAGAGAGAAGGUGAGCAUGGCCACAUCAUAUCACAGCUGAUGUUCAGUGAGAGCAGAUGCCUCCUACAGCCCCUGCGUGUCUAUUCAUAUUCAUGUGUGUGUGCUGCGUGGAAGAAUGUGUGUGUUUCCCCAAUGGCUCGGUGGCAUUUUCCUGUGGCAACAUGAUGCCAUUCCACCCUCCCUUCAGCCCCUCCACCAGUAACCCUCCAUUCACUCUGACCACCUCUAGUGCCACCUACACGCCUGGUGGAGUCAUUACAGUGACAGUGGAGGGGGUGAAGAACAGCUCCACAGAGUUCCAGGGUUUCCUGUUACAGGCCAGGAGCAGACAGGGAAAUGCUCUGCUGUGGCCUGUGGGAAAGUUCAGCAACAUUGACACCAGCCUGUUUACGGCACUCGCCUGUCAAAACAUGGAGAACUCAACUGUUAGUCAGGCAUCAGGAGCCAAGAGGAAGAAGGUCCAGCUAACCUGGGAGGCUCCUCGCAACAGUGACUAUGGUGAUAUCUACUUUAGUGCCACUCUGGUUCAGGACUACACAACAUUCUGGGUUCAACUCAACAGCAGCUCUCUGAGACUGGACAGCAGUGGAAACUCUGCAGCUGGGAUCAUCUCUUCCUCAGCUCUGCUCUUCAUCAACCUGUUGAGUCUAUCUGCCUACUGCUGACACACACACACACACACACACACACACACAC